UUGUCUUAUCUUGGAGUUAGCAGGUGUUGCUCAAUCUGAAGAUCAGGUGACCAAUAACACCAGCCAUGUCAUCAAGGCCUUUUGAAAGUCCACCUCCUUAUAGACCUGAUGAAUUCAAGCCAAAUCAUUAUGCACCAAGCAAUGACAUAUAUGGUGGAGAGAUGCACAACCGACCAAUGCUCUCUCAGCCAGCGUAUUCUUUCUACCCAGAAGAUGAAAUUCUUCACUUCUACAAAUGGACCUCUCCUCCAGGAGUGAUUCGGAUUCUCUCUAUGCUCAUUAUUGUGAUGUGCAUUGCCAUAUUUGCCUGUGUUGCCUCCACGCUUGCCUGGGACAGAGGCUAUGGAAAUGGCUUACUGGGAGGUGGUAUAGGCUACCCUUAUGGAGCAGGUGGCUUCAGUGGCUUUGGAAGUAGCUAUAGUUAUAGCUAUGGUUAUGGUUAUGGAGGAGGCUACACAGAUCCAAGAGCAGCAAAGGGCUUCCUGCUGGCCAUGGCUGCCUUUUCUUUCAUUGCUGCAUUGAUGGUAUUUGUUACCAGUGUUAUAAGAUCUGAAAUAUCCAGAACAAGAACAUACUACUUGACUGUGAUAAUAGUGAGUGCUAUCCUGGGCAUCAUGGUGUUUAUUGCCACAAUUGUCUACAUAAUGGGAGUCAACCCAACAGCCCAGUCUUCUGGAUCUUUAUAUGGCUCUCAGAUAUAUGCUCUCUGCAACCAGUUUUAUGUACCUGCAGCUACUGGACUCUACGUGGAUCAGUAUUUGUAUCACUACUGUGUGGUGGAUCCCCAGGAGGCCAUUGCCAUUGUACUGGGUUUCAUGGUUAUUGUGGCUUUUGCAUUAAUAAUUUUUUUUGCUGUGAAAACUCGAAGAAAGAUAGACUAUUAUGACAAGUCCAAUAUUCUGUGGGACAAGGAACAUGUCUAUGAUGAGCAGCCUCCCAAUGUCGAGGAGUGGGUUAAAAAUGUUUCUGCCGGCACGCAAGACAUGCCCCCACCACCAUCUGACUAUGUGGAGAGAGUUGACAGUUCCAUGGCAUACUCUUCCAAUGGUAAAAUGAAUGACAGGCGGUCCUACCCAGACCUUUCCUACAAAUCAACACCGGUGCCUGAGGUGGCUCGGGAGCUUCCCCUGACUUCACCUGUGGAUGACUACAGACAGCCUCGUUACAGCAGCAGCAGUAACUUUGAGACACCUUCAAAACGGGCUCCCACCAAGGGAAGAGCCGGGAAGUCAAGGAGAACAGAGCAAGACCACUAUGAUACAGACUACACUACGGGUGGCGAGUCAUGCGAUGAGCUGGAGGAAGACUGGAUCAGGGAAUAUCCACCUAUCACUUCAGAUCAACAAAGACAACUUUACAAAAGAAGUUUUGACACUGGCCUGCAGGAAUACAAGAGUUUACAAGCAGAACUUGAUGAGAUCAGUAAAGAACUCUCACGUCUAGAUAAAGAACUGGAUGAUUAUAGAGAAGAAAGUCAAGAGUACAUGGCUGCUGCUGAUGAAUACAACAGACUGAAGCAAGUUAAGAGAUCUGCAGAUUACAAAAGAAAGAGGAAUUAUUGCAAGCAGUUGAAGAGCAAAUUAUCACACAUCAAGAAGAUGGUGGGAGAUUAUGAUAAACGGAAAACAUAGAAUGCAGAUUUCACCUUGUUUGAGAGAUUAAGGAGUUAUCUGUCUGAUGUCUCUUCAAUAUUCUCAUAAGGCAAAUGACUUUGGACUCUAACCUGGGAAGCCAAACCUUUGUGAUCAUUACAAAGUUUUGGUAGCUUUAAUAUUAUCACUAUAAUAUCAUCAGUAUUGAAGCAUUUUAUAAAUAGCUUUUGAAAUUCAACUGGGCUGAACACUCCAAUUAAGGAUUUUAUGCUUUAAACACUGGGUUUUGUAUUAAAAACUAAAUACUGUUUGAGGUUUUCAGAUCAGAAAGGAACGUCUUGGUGUGAACUGUGCUGUGAACGUUCACACCC